ACGAGUUGGCAGACCCCUUCGCUUUAUUGACAAUUUCAAGCAGCCUCGUGCAAAAGUAAAACAAAAAUUGAAUAAAAAUGGUGAAAUCAUCUAAUCCAUUAAACUUCUUGCGUAAUAUUUACAACAAUGAGUUCCAAUGGAUGCUUGUCAAGAGCUAUGGCCUGUUCUUUCUGGGAGUUCGAAUAGCCAAGGAAUUCGUAGGCGUGGAACUGAUGCCAGCCCUGGGACCAGCGUAGUCAUUUAAACCAAAUGAAAUUCUUUGCAUAUAAAUAAAACUGUUAAAAGUAAAUUAAG